CGAAUAGUAAGGUUGAGUUGAGGAAUAAGUCAUUUGCCCGACUCUCCAGAGCCCAAAAUGUGGGUGCCAUUGAAGUAGGUUCUUACUUUCUCUUCCGGAAAUUCUCAACUUAUUUUCAGCAGCUGUGUGCAUCAUAUUAUCAAACUAAAGAUCGAGAUACUGUAAGAUGGCUGGUGAUCAUGGACCUUUGUAUUUCGAACUAAAUACAGGAGCUAAAUUGCCAUCAGUUGGACUUGGGACAUGGAAAGCUCCACCUGGUGAAGUCGGUCAAGCUGUGAUUAAUGCCGUCAAGGCUGGAUACAGGCAUAUUGAUUGUGCCCGCGUGUAUGAGAACGAAAAAGAGAUUGGGGCUGCUUUGAAGGAGCUUAUUACUAAUGGAGUCGUCAAGCGUAAUGACCUUUGGAUCACAUCCAAACUAUGGUGUAGUGACCAUGCACCGGAAGAUGUCUCAAAGGCGCUAAGCAAAACAUUAAAUGACCUGCAGCUCGACUAUGUUGAUCUCUAUCUCAUCCAUUGGCCAUUCAGAACAAAGGCAGGUGCUCGUGGAUGGGAGCCAGAGAACAUGCUUCCAUUGACUCUACCAGAUACGUGGAGUGCAAUGGAGGGUUUGUAUGCGUCAGGUCAGGCACGUGCCAUUGGUGUGAGCAAUUUCUCAACAAAGAAACUACAAGACCUUCUUACUUUCGCCAAGGUUCCUCCCGCUGUGAAUCAGGUUGAAUGUCAUCCAGUGUGGCAGCAACCUGCAUUACACAAUCUAUGCAAAUCCACGGGCGUCCAUCUUUCGGCCUAUUCGCCAUUGGGUUCUCCAGGGUCAUGGAUAAAAGGUGAAAUAUUGAAGGAUCCGACAUUGGUUGAGAUUGCUGAUAAGCUUAACAAAUCCCCUGCUCAAGUAGCUCUACGUUGGGGUAUACAGAGCGGCCACGGUGUUCUUCCCAAGAGUACAAAUGAGGCUAGGAUUAAGGAGAAUUUCAGUUUGUUUGACUGGUGCAUCCCCUCUGAUCUCUUCUCAAAAUUCUCUCAAAUCCACCAGCAAAGGCUCUUAAGAGGGGAUUUCGCGAUCCAUGAAUCACUUAGUCCUUAUAAAAGCCUUCAGGAGCUGUGGGAUGGCGAAAUAUGAUCACAGAUUUUUGGUGAUAAGAACCUGGAUUCCUUCUUUGAUCUGGUUUACAUAAAGAGGCAUCAAAAGAUCGAUUAAACUCAUAGGAAUUUUAUCGUUACAGAAGAAGGACUUCACAUGGAGACUUGUCCAGUUAUAAAUUGUCUUGUCUUUUCAGUUUCGGCUUUGGCUUUCGAACCUUACCAAACUCUGGUCGAUUAUCUUCAGCUCCUAAAGUCUGUGGUUCUAAAAGCAUUAUUGUACUCUGAUGAACAGUAAUUGAAUAAGCUGCCUUUCAGUUAUGUUUGCUAUUCCUCCUGUUUCUCCAAAA